UACUUGCUGUCCAAAUAAAUUUUCUUACAUCUGCGGUUUACUGACUAAGCAGAUUUAUUAAAGGCACACAAUUUAAAAUACAAAAUGUGUGUGUGUCUCAUUUGGAAGGAUGCGUACUCCGAACUCUGGAGGAUGCAUAAUUCCAAAUGAGACACAACCGAAUACGACCUGGCGGGAAUUCGGAGGAUGCAUGAGGUGUAUCCUUAGUGGGCACUCACAACCAACAAUUCUUUGCUUAAACGGAAAUGCCUAAAAAAAUAUGACGCCAAUUUGCCCGUAAAUAUGAUGUUCAAACGCAAGUAUUGUUAAUUCCCAAGUUGAAGUACCUCAGUAGAUGGUGCAGAGUAUAUAAUGUGUAUAAUUAUAUUAAUAUAUAAUUAAAAUGAAGUAUUAGACUAAAAGUGCACCAGUAAAAUCUAUUUUCUUUUCUCUUUACAUCAUUAUAACUCUCCUAAAAUUAACCUCAUACAUUCCCUUCCAGAGGGACUUUGUCACACAAAGCGCUCGCGCUUGUUAAAGAGUGACGUGGUGUCAUAGCAACCAGGUUACGUUCAGUUCUGUUUCUGUUUGUUCUACGAAGACCGUCUCGCUUUAAUGAGGCUUGUUUAAAGGUGGACACUCGGUAUACUGCGGCAUUCAAAGGACGCGUCCUACCUAGCCAAACGACACACUGCUACAGCUCUAUGCGCAUGCGCAGUGUGCGCAGAGGGACGCACGCAAAUAAUGUUUUAAAGGAAUUAGUGAUACCAGUUUGACUAAAAGCUGAUAUUUCAGCUUAAUUUAUGCUACAGAUUUAACCGUUUGCAUGAUUAUAAAUACGUACAUCAUGGUCAGAAGCAUCUGGGUUUCUUUCGUCUGUUUGCUUGUGGGAUUUAUAGAUGAAGUUUCUCUGCAAGAAACAGUUGAGGGCUUCAUUGGAAGUUCUGCAGUUUUGCCGUGCCAUUCUGGUAACAAGAAACUUCAAGUCAUUACAGUAUACUGGAGAUACAAAGACAUCAAGAACGUUUACGACAUACAAGACGGCAAAGGGUCAGUAAAGGAACAGGACGUAGCUUUCAAGGGCAGAACAGCAACGUUCCCUAUGGAGUAUGUCAAAGGCAACUUCUCACUCUCACUCGGGAGUCUUCAACAGACUGAUGCUGGGACGUACUGCUGCUUCAUCCCUGUUAUUGAUCACCACCAAUGUACAGAGCUACAAAUUAAAGAGAGACCAAGGGAACUCCAUGAGCAAUACAAACCAAGCUCAAGAAACAAUGGAGUUGAAGCAAAAGCAGAGAAGAUUGUGUCUCUGUUCAUUCCUUUCUUCUCAAUUACUAUUAUGCGCUGUAUUUGAGAUGCGACUGCAGUUAGUUAAGUAGUGUGUGCUUCAAUAGCAGAGCUGCAAUAAGCCUUUUCUCUGCUAUGUUAUGAAUAAAUGUCAAACAUCUUCUACCUAGAAUCAAAACCUUUUGAAUUGGGACUUCCCUGUUUCCUACUGUAUUGACUCGACCACAGUAGGAACCACAAUAUUACAUUUUAUGUUGUUUAUCUUGUCCAAAUUAUGAAACAUUUGGACACACACACAUGACAGUGUCCUUAACAUUUCUGACCUGUUAUGGAUCUGUGGGUAGAUGCCAUAUUUAAUCUAAUGGUGAAUGAAAUGUUUAAUGCAGUUUAACUUAUUGUCAAACAUUCAGUGGACAAAACCCAAAAAUGACCAGGGUUGAAAAAGAAAGAAAACAAAAAUAGACAUGACCUAAAAAUAAUAAGACAAUGCAAUUAUCAAUUAAUACAUACAACAAAUAUGCAAUUGAAUGGAUUUGACAUAUAUCAGCCUCAUUUUCAUUUCCAUAAAAUUAAAUGUGCCGUCUACCCUGACGUCCAUUCGAUUUUUCUGGAAUCCUGAUGUUUUGAUGAGAUGCCUUGCUAAUGCUUUUGUUAUAUGAUAAUUAAUUGUUUAGUAAGCUGUUUACAAGUUAUAAAGAGCUCUUCUGUUUUACACAGUUUAGUUGCACUAAAACUAACUAACAAGCUUUAUGUAUUUAUUUUUAUCUAUUUAUUUAAUUUAUCAAUUUAAUUUAUUGUUGUAACAGCAAUGUGUACUAGAGUUGUUAAAGAUAGGGUAAUGUUCAUUUAUUUUUGUAACGUUUGCUAGACUGACACUAUUUAUUUAUUUAUUUAUUUAUUUUAUUUAAUUUAACGUGUGAAACAUCUUAUCUCUGGUGUGUAACUGCUAUGCUGACUUGAGUGUAAGUUUAAGCUACUAGUGCAAGUAAAUUUUGGUUCUUGUAACUUUUGUCUGAAGACUUUUUUUAUUUUUUUUUUAUUUUUUUUUUUUAUUGUUGUUUUGACAAAAUGAGAUGCACAGAAGUCCCUUUAAGGCAAGUUAGAUCACUAA